UAGUAAACGGGUGUGGGUGUUAAAGUUGACAAACGAACUUUAUCAACUUUCAAUGAACUUUAUAAAAUUCAUGGCGCCAGUAUUUGUUUCUAAAUCUUAGAAGUUUUUACGCACCAAAAUGAAAUGGCAUUUAAUAUUUUUAGUUUGUAUUUAUUUAGUGAAUUUUGGAUUUAGUUCGUCAGAGAACCGGGUGAACUAUGGCGAAAUAAGGUUGUUCCAAACGCCGGUAUCCUAUAACGUUGAUAUGACGGUUCUGCUAAACGAUGCAUCCAGAAGAGAAAAAGAGGUCAGCUACAAAGUGAAGGCCGCUCUUAACGUGUACCCUGUAUGGAUCGAUUCUGAAUUUGAAUGUUUGCUAAAGUUUGAGCUUGUGUCGCCUCAACUGCAGUCAAGAGGUAAACAUGUCAGCGCUGAGUACAUGCCCAUGAAGUCCGUCUGGGAUGCAUACUCUCAUUCCACUUUCUAUGCUCACUGGAAGAAUGGACUCGUCCAAACCGCCUAUUUGGAUCCAAAUGAAUUAAUAGAUAUUCAGAAUUUCAAAAGAUCACUAAUAAGCUUAUUUCAGAUACAAGCAUUCAAUGGAGAGCAUCGGGAGAUAGAUAUAUCUGGAACUUGCGACGUGGUAUACGAGACCCUAUCUAAGCAAGUCAUCCGAAAGAUUAAGCGACGAUGCAGUGCGCCCGAGUGGCCGGCCGUCGGCCUCGACUCGGUGCAGGCGCGGCGCCUCACGCGCUACUCGCUGAGCGACUCGCUGGACGCGCUGGACGAGCUGCACGCCGAGGAGCUGCUCGAGAUGGGCGCGCUCAAGGCGCGCGUGUGGCUGCGCGCGCGCCGAGCGCUGCCCGCGCCCGCCGGCGCCGCGCGCGCCGCGUCGCUGGCGGCCGCGCUGGCGGCGCUGCCGGCCGCGCUGGCCCCCGCCCCGCUCGCCGCGCCGCCGCCCGCCGCCUCGGGGGUGAGUCUCCUGCGCUGGCUAGUGCUAGUGGGCGCGGACGACGAGCUGGCGGAGGCGCUGCGCGCGGCGCGGGCGGCGCGCGGGGCGGGCGCGGGCGCGGGGGGGGACGCGCGCGGCGCGCGGGCGGCGCUGCGGCUGCUGCGGGCGCUGCGCCGCGCGCCCGCCGCGCCCGUCGCCGCGCUGCUGCACGACCUGGCCGAGCCCGACCUGCUGGAGACGUUGUGCGAGGCGCUCGGGCUGGUGGGCUCGGCGGCGACGCACGCGGCCGUCGCGCCUUUCCUGCGGCUGCGCUCGCCCGACGUGACGCCGCACCUCGCGCGCCGCUACCUCGCCGCGCUCGCACUCGCACCUCGCCCGCAGGAGUCGGUGAUAGAGGACGUGCUCCGCGCGGCCGAGGAGGUGAACGACGCGAGCAUAGUCGAGAGUGCGCUGCUGGCCGCCGGCGCCGCCGCCUCGCGCCUACCGGCCGAGCCGGUCGCCGGCGUCGUGCGCGACGCGCUGGCCAGGAGUCUCGCUAACUGCAAGGACGACGAGUGUCGCCGGGUGAGGAUUCACGCGCUCGGCAACUUGCAACGCGAGGACACGAUCGAGUCGCUGCUGGAGCACGCCGAGCGUGGCGCCGGGCCCGCGGCGCUGGCGGCGCUCGACGCGCUGGAGGGCGUGGCCGCGGCGCUGGCGACGCCGGAGCGAGUGCUGCGACUGGAGCGCCUGGUGCUGGACGCGCGUGCGCUGGAGGUGCGCGCGGCGGCACUCGAUCUGCUGCUGCGUUGCAGCGCCGUCGCGCCUUUCAGUUUACCACGCACGUUGCUGGCGCUGCACGAGCGCGCUCCCUCCGAGCUGCAGCGCCUCGCCUGGCAGCGGCUGCGUGCGCUCGCCGUUGACCACGAGCACGUUCGCAAGUUGAUCCGCAUGUUGCCGCUCCGUCUGCGCGGAUGGGACGCACAAGCAAUGGCCGGAACGUCGUCGGUGCUAGUGCGCGAGGCGGCUGCGGACGGCGGCUGGCGCGCGUUGCUGGAGUCGGUGCAGCUGGCGCGCGGCGGGCUGCUGCGGCGCGGUCGCGUGCGCCUGCUGACGCUGUCGCCCGCCAACGUCACGGAUGACACUCUGAGCGUAGAGAUCUGGACGCGUGGACUGGAAGCGUUCGCCGGAGACUCGACUAAGGAGUCCUCGAGUGAGGAUGAGGGCGAGGCGGAGGCGACGAGCGGGGGCCUCGCGCUGGGCGUCGGAGGUCUGCGCGCGCAUACAUACACACUGUUCUCCGGACAGGCUGAACUUCUAGGGCACGUGUGGGCGGGAACCGGCAGCGAGCCGACGCCCGUGCUCCGCGCCCUGCGGCCGGCGGGCGGCGCGGAGGUGGCGCUCCCGCUGCUCGGCGGGGCGGCGCUGACGUACAGAUACGAGGCGCUGGUAUCGCUGGCGCUCGACGCGCAGGCGCAGGUGUCGCUGUGGUCGCGCAGUGCCCGCUCGCAGCUGGAGCUGCGCGGGGCGGCGGUGGCGGAGGGCGAGGCGCGCGUGGAGACGGCGUGGGGCGCGCUGACGGCCGAGGCGGCCGACGAGGCGGAGCCGAGUAUGACCAUCUCCGCCGACCUCGACUUCUACGACGGCGUGGAGCUGUGCGUGCGCGCGGACGUGGCGGCGCACGCGCGCGGCGCGGCGGUGGCGCUGCGCUCGGCGCUGGGCGCGCGGCGCGAGCGGCGCGUGCGGCGCCGGGCCGCGCGGCGCGGGGCGGCGCCGGGCCGCACGCUGGCGCUGGGCGCGCGCAACGACGCCGCCUGCCGCGCGCUGGGCCCCGGCGCGUAGGUGCCGGCGGCGUUGGUGCAUAUGAGAGUUUAUUUUUUUAAAUGUAUUGAUAAUGUUUAAGAUCACCGUUGUAUUCGGAUAAGGAAAAUUCAAACUAUUUUUGUAAAAAAUUAGCAAUAUUUCAAAAUAUGUAAAAAGGCAAAUAAAAAAAAAUGUUCGUUA